UCCAUGUGGACGGCGAAAACUGUCAACAUUACUCUGAGGACAUUUCCGACAGAAGGAACUCUGAUUUAUCUGGAAACUAGACCUCCGAAAGUAAUCGACAUGAAGGUUGUCGGAUCUACCUGUGCCCUGAAGACCAAGGUGGGCGGUGAGGACGUGGUGCGGUGUCUGUCGGACCAGAGCCUGUCCAUCUCCAAAUGUAAGAUCCCGCUGUUGGACGAACAGAUGAGCGUCUUCCUGCAGGACAUGAACAGCUGCUACAGCAAACUCAAAGAGCUGGUGCCCACCCUGCCCACCAACAAGAAGGCCAGCAAGGUGGAGAUCCUGCAGCAUGUCAUCGACUACAUCUGGGACCUGCAGGUCGAGCUGGACGAGCCGGACAAGAGUCGCGCGCACUCCGCCAGCGGCGUCCCGCGCACACCUCUGACCACCCUGAACGCAGAGCUGGCCAGCAUCACAGUAGAGAACGGAUGCUCAGAUGACCGGAUCAUGUGCCGUUAGAGCCCGUGGAGCUUCAUCCCACCGCGAGCACCGCAAAGAACGAACAAGGCGACUGAUGUGACCACCGCAUCAACUCCAAACCUUGAACUGAGUAGGGACGUUCCAAACUCCCAAAGCUAGAAAAUAAAGACACGUUGUGCGUGGACAUCCUCCUGCGCGAGGAAGUCCACCAGUCAAGGCUCUCGCUUCAUCAGAGGGUUUUGAAGAAGAAGAAGAAGAAGAAAAGAAGAAGAACAAGAAAAAGAACAAGAAGAAGGAGAAGCAGCAGCAGCCGCGGACCAGCGGGUCCAGAUAGACAGGGUCCAGGGUCCAGAUGGACGGAGUCCAGGGUCCAGAUGGACGGGGUCCAGGUCCAGGGUCCAGGUCCAGGACAAGGACAGUUCAGUGAAACCUGCGGCUCCUGUUUCCUGCAGUUCCUAAACAAAGCUGAUGUUUCCGUUUUCAUGUAUCUAAACCUUCUAGAAAAGUCCACAUUUUGUAAAAGAACAUGGUCCAUUUUCUCAGAUUCCUGAGCGACAAACUGUAUUGUAUAUUACAAUGACUCAUUAUGGGAAGAUAUUGUUUUCUUACAAUGUACCUUAUUUGUGUUUUUAUUAAAACAAGACAAUUAUUUUUGAACAUGAA